AUUUGCUCAAAGGUGGUAUAAAUAAUGGAAAGGAAACUCAGGAAGGCAUCAGUUAGAAUCUGUUUAUCCAGAGGAGAACACAAACAACCAAAAUGAAACUUCUUGUAUUGGCUUUUGCUUUGAUCGGUGCUGCUUCUGCGGUCUUAGUCGCUCCGUUGGCCCAUGGAUAUUCCGGCCUAGGAUUAGGACAUGGUGGUAUCGCCGCUCCAGUUGUUACUGCAACCCCAAUUCUCGCCACUCAUGGAUUAGCUGGUCCGGUUCUUGGUGGUCAUGGUGUCGCUGCUCCAAUUAUUUCUACUUAUAGUGCUCCAACUCUCGUUGCUGGACAUGGCCUUGGGGGAUGGGGACAUUCAGCUUUGGGAGGUGUUGGCCUUUGGAAAAAGAAGGCAGCUCAAUAAGUCAUUUUAUUGAUUUGAGGUGAAUAAAUUGCAUUCUGAUUAUA